AUGCUGUGGAUGACUUUGGUCGCUUCUGUCUUCAUUGUCCGGAUCAGCCGAGGGUUAGCGCGUGUCCACACGGACUGUGGGGGCGUGUACGACGCAAGGCAAGGAUUCAUCCACACGCCGAACUUCCCCGGGAGGUUUCCCGCACCGAUCAACUGUAGGUGGUUAAUCAGGGCCCCGGUGGGCCAGAGGAUCGUCCUAUACUUCACGCAAUACUACCUAAGAGAGGGACUGUCAAUCUCAGAAUAUGACAUGUACCAUAAUGAGAGUUUAUACAUCGGGAAGAGAAAUUUGGGAGAGAUUAGUUUCGAGGAUGAGAUAACGAGCAUUAUUGCGCUGAAACCCGUCCUGGUCGUCCAUCUGAAAAUUCGGGAGAAAGAGAUAGGCGACAUUCAUUUAAGAGUCAUGGAGUAUCUCUCUGACGUUUACGGAUUCAACAUGACUUAUGAAGUAGUUCCUGCCAACAGCAAGACCAGGACGGACGCCUGUUCAGUCUACCAUUGCUCGUUCCUCGGGAAUUGUUACGCUUCGAAAAACUUUGAUAAGUUUUCGUGCCAUUGCUUUGAGGGUUUCUUCGGGAAGGAGUGCGAAUACGGCCCUUACUGUAACCCGAGCAAGAAUAUCAAUCAGUGUAAAAACGGUGGAAAAUGCAGAUACGUGUACGGCUCAGACUACAACACGUGCGAUUGUCCGCCAGGAUACGAGGGUGUCGUAUGCGAAGCCAAGAAGUACAUCAACGCAGAAUGCGAAAAGCUUGGCUGCAACCAAAAGUGCGAAAGGACGAAGAUUGGACGCCAUGUUUGUACGUGCUUCGAGAACUUCAAGAUGUCGGACGAUAACAAAACAUGCGUGGAACGAGGUCGCCUGAGAUUCAUGGUCACUUUACUCAUCACCAACAGUGAUUUUAUUCGACAAGCUAGCAGUACGCAGAAAUACAUCGACACAGUCAUUUUACCCAACCUCACCAAACAAAUAACUGAGGAGUUUGGAGGAAGUGUCACGAACAUGGGCAAUCCAUCGGUCAAAAAUAUAAGUGCGACUCCAUCAGGAAUACAAGUUUCUUUCAAUUUCGUCGGAGAAAGAUCGGAUAAAAGUAGAGUGCAGAACAAAUUGAAAUAUUCCCUUGACCGUGGUCGCUUUGGUAGUUACGAAAUCGACAGAUAUACAUAUUCAUUGAAAUAUGACCCAGCUUUGACCAUCCUCUCAGUAGAGAACUACGACAAAGGUCCCGUUUCGGAGGGGAACUUGCUGAUGUUGGUCUGCGUCACCAGGGGGUCCUCACGGAUCAAGUUCAAGUGGCUUAAGGACGGGGACCCAAUCGAUGUGCACAAAUCAAGGAGAAACAUCUGGGAGACGAACUUACCGAAGACCGAUGAUGAGAAGUACAUGGCUGUGCUAAACAUUGAUAAAGUAACCAGAAUAGAUAAAGGUACAUAUAGUUGCGUUACGGACGACUGGGGAGACACAGCCAACAAGUCCGUAUACGUCAGCAUCAUUCCCAAACCCCACAUAGACGUCUCCCCGAAAACCACGACAGUCGUGCGCGGCCGGAAGGUUACCCUUACCUGCCUCUCCCACGACGACAUAUCUGGUAAUUUCAAGUAUACGUGGUUGAGGGACGGUUUCGGCAUGGAGAUCCCUUCGGAGAAUCUUGAGAUUGUGGAGAAGAUCUUCCCCACAGGGAGCAGGCUGACUAUCCGCCGGAGUAUCGUUUCAGCCACGUAUACGUGUAUUGUAAAGAAUAUAGCGGGGCAGGCGACAGCUGUCAGUAAGAUAUCCGUAAUAGGAGUAAAAAACAUCAAGGACUGUUGUGAUAAUGAAUAUUCCAAGGACGGGUUUUGGCCUAAGACUGCGCCCAAUGAGACAGCUAUCAUCCGGUGCCCAGUAGGGGUUGCAGGAUUCAUGUCUCGCGUGUGCAUGUGCCCACCGUCCCAAGCGAGCUGCAAGUGGGACCCGCCUGACCACUCUGGAUGUAUUCGCUACGAUCUUUUAAAUCUUAGAAAAAAGUUCAAAUCAUUCACUCUCGGCUACAUGUCGACCUCCAUGGCACAGGUCAUCCAGAACCUCACCAUGGUAACAUCAUUCCAAAAGGUGGCACUCUACACGGGAGAAUUAAUUUUGAUCAGCCAGAUGAUGUUGGACAUAUUUGAGUAUUUCAGAAAUGAUAACUUGAGGGGGAUUGCUACAGAAGGCGCCAAUCUUAGGAGCAUAUUGGAAAUAUCGAGUAAUAUUUUGGAUAAUCUCCAGAACGUAACAGAAAGGGAGCGCAAUAAUAGCGAGAUCGGCGUAAACCUGCUCACUGUAGUAUCUCAGGUGGCGACCCAGCUUGUUGACGAUGGUGUGGAUCCAUUAUCGAUACACACCAAAAACAUCGAUUUCCGGUACAGUCCGACAGAAAGGACAAAGCGAUCGUACGCAGGUGGUCAGUACGACAUCACGGAGAAAGGUAGCGAUGGUGAUAUCUCGUUUGACAGCAAGCGUGCAGAUCGAUUGCCACGUGUUCUCCUUGCUACGUAUCGCGGGAUUCAACGAGUCAUGCCGGAUAACUAUGGAGAAACAAGAGUCAACUACACUUUCGUCAACUCUAAUAUCCAAUCCAUAAUAAUAGUCAACAACUAUGAUGUUCUUCCCAUUGAAAUGAACGUCACAUUUACGCUGAAACAUCUCAAACUGAUUCCAACAGAUAAUAAUCAUCAUCAUUCUUGCGCCAGAUGGAGUAAGAAGUUAGAUGGGAAAGAAUCCUGGAGUUUAAAAGAUUGCGUCGUCCUGCAAGAUAUCAGUAACAACAAUGUUACCAGUUGUAUGUGUUCAAAGCCGGGUCACUACGCGUUGUUGGCACCCGCUCAAUCUCCCAAGGCCAUAGUUGUCGUGCCGGGUCCUGUCAUCACCUUGGCCCUCUUCAUCGCUUGCCUGGUGUCUAUGUCCGUCUUCACCAUGCUGUUUGUUAGUCAUGUUUUAGCUUUGGAAAAAACAGAUGGCGACAGUCGGCUUUUCGCCAUCAUAUUUCCAAUCUUCAUCAUUGCUGUCGAGUGCACGAUAUUUACAUCCGUUUACUCAAAGAUGGAAGAGGUGAAUUUCCUGGUCCUCCGUGCCAUAUUUUACUUCUUUCACAUGUGUGCCUUAUCAUUUGUGAUGGUUGAGUCGGGACGACUCUACAAGCGCGUCGCCUCAAGAGGAACAUACCUAGUCAGUAAGCUGAAGUUCGUCGCAAUCGGAAUGGUGGCGCCCAUUCUGUGGCUGGUGGCUGAGAUUGUCUUGGUGGUGAAUAAACAGAAUGAUCCCCAGGCCAUCGCAGAGCCGAUCAUUCGUCAUCAACUCAAGGAAAAUGUUGAUCAGUUAUAUCUUUUUAUUGCCAUUUGCUCAGUUAUGACUGUGAUGAUUUUAGUGUUUCUCUCCUUGUCGGCAAAGCGGUUUUGGCGCGUUAAAAAGAUGCAAAGGAUUAGAGAACGCCACGCGAGUAUCGUUACUUCUAUCCACGUGGUCGUUGUCUCUCUCCACAUGAUUUUACUGACUGUACUGACUGCCCAAGUCGCUGUCAAUGAGGACACCCUUUGGCAGCAGCUUUUGGCAGCCACUAAAUCUUCUUUAGCCAUUCUGUCCAUUCUGUACUAUUUCUUCAUAGACGUCAAAGUCUUGGACAAGAGGUGUAAACUCAACUGUGGCUGUGCAACGAAAAUAUUUGUCUCACGACUGUCUCCGCAAAUUCAAAGAGUGCCUUGUGUCUCGUCCAGUUUCUCCAGUCGGCGGGAAAUCGACUCUUUACUCAGCAGCAGUGUUGGAGGAGAGAAUAAUGGUACCACCUCUACGGGGACUACAAGCUCAAUUUCGACGGGCACAAACAUUUUCAAAGCUUUCCUCAAACCACAGCAGUGUGCUACAGGCACCGAUGAUAACGCAGACUCUGAGAUUGAAUUCGCGCUGGCGAGGCACCAGCAAAAACUAUCUGAUGAGAAGUUGGAGCAGCUCAGGCUGAUGAUAGGCACCUCUUGGGUCGACCCCGAGACGGAGCCCAAAGAGGAACCAGUGAAUUCAUACUGGGCUGCUGGCGUGUGUAAAAUGUACGGAAGCUACUCGACGCAUAAUUUGAAAUUCGAUAAAGUGAAGUCGUAUAUUUCGCCGGAUUCGGACGAGGGCGCGUCGGGCGAGAGGGGAGCUACCUCUACAGGACCUUCGAACCAAACGAAUGCGGCAACUCAUUCACGAGGGCAAUUACCCUCUUCAAACAGGACUCGGGAAAAUGUGUGUGACGUCGCUGAUGAUCCUGGACCUUCAAAGCGCCCGAGAAAGAAAUCAGUUGUGAUUAACCCUUUCCCUGAUAUCUAUCCGAUGAGGAAAUGUUCAGGGGAGUCGAAGACAUCAACUUGUGCUGUGGAAUCAAUUAUUUCUUGAAGAUAAUGCUUGAGAUUUUUGUGAUAUUCACUUUUGCUCAGUCUGACCAGUCUGUUUGUUUGCCUAUAUUAGAUUUCGUGUGUUGAAUUAUGAAUGUCACCUUUAUUUGAACACUGUGGC